UGCGACAGCUCUGGGGGAACGGGGAUUCAUCUAUUUUAGGUUGACGGAGUGACUUUUCAUACCGAACCCAUAAAGAAGUCAGUCUUUAAAGGGCGCAGUGGGAGCAGAUCAACUGGAUUUACGCUCACAUCACCAUCGAAUGAGGGAUAGGAGGACAGAUAAGAGCGUGGAAAUGGAAAAAGGACGACAGGACAAAUGUAUUCUCGUCAUAUUUUAUCUGCAUUUGUGGUACAAGCCUAUGGCGGAGGCGAUCCAUCCGGACUGCGCCAUCAUUUCGCAGCACCUGAGGGCUCAGGAGAUCUGCAGCCAGACGAGGAGGAGCGAAGCGCAAAACCACACCGACUACAGCGGAUGUAAAACUGAGUGGGAUGAUAUCGGAUGUUGGCGAAGAGCUGAAGUCGGGCAGGUGGUCAACUUAUCCUGCUCUGAAGUUUUCCAGCAUUUCUCCAGCAAUCAAGGGUACGUUUACAGGAACUGCACUGUCGACGGCUGGUCAGAAAUGUACCCGCCGUAUGAAGAGGCCUGUGUUUUCAGUGACGACAGUGAGCCUGAAUCUGAGACAAGUUACCUCUCCACCUUCAGACAGGUUUACACUGUGGGCUAUGCUACCUCUCUCAUCUCUCUAAUGACGGCUAUUGUGGUGUUCACAGCUUUUAGAAAAUUCCGCUGCACCAGAAACUACAUCCACAUCAACCUGUUCUCCUCGUUCGUCCUGAGAGCCAGCGCCGUUUUCAUUAAAGACACUGUUCUGUUUGCUGAUGAGACCUUGGACCACUGCUCCAUGUCCACGACAGCGUGUAAGUCGGCGGUGGCUUUCUUCCAGUUCAGCAUCCUGGCCAAUUACUUCUGGUUGUUGGUGGAGGGCAUGUAUUUGCAGACGCUGCUCGCUCUAACCUUUGUGUCUCAGAGGAAAUACUUCUGGUGGUACAUCCUGAUUGGAUGGGGUCUCCCGUCAACAGUUCUUAUACUCUGGGUGUUGACCAGAUUCUUCUACGAUGAUAGAGGUUGCUGGGAUGACAACGAUAACGUUGCUAUUUGGUGGAUUAUUAAAGGACCGAUUACAGCCUCUCUGUUGAUCAAUAUAGUCAUCUUUGUGAAUGUGAUCCGGAUCCUGGUUCAGAAACUCAAAUCUUCAGCCAUGGCUGGAAAUAAUGACACCGGGCAUUUCAUGAGGCUGGCUAAAUCCACUCUGUUCCUCAUCCCUCUGUUUGGGAUGCACUACACUGUGUUUGCUUUCCUGCCUGAAAACACUGGAGUGGCUGCCAGACUCUACAUUGAACUGGGUCUGGGCUCUUUUCAGGGUUUUGUGGUGGCGUUGCUGUACUGUUUCAUGAAUGGAGAGGUCCAAGCAGAGCUGCGACGGUGGCUGCGGAAGUGUCACAGUCAAAACCAUCUCACACCAGCCAAGCGAAGUAUCACCCAGAUCACAAUUCGAGCUCGCGGGGGACUUGGACGGCCUGCCUCUAGUGGGAACGUGUCUUCAGUGUGAUUUUUGAGUCUGUCCUUAAGAGGAUAUUUGGGCAAGCAAAAUAUCAGAGAUGGUCCUGCUGAUAAUAUGAACCCAACAUCCCUUCUGCGAUAACAGAGAGACCACAAUGAACACUGGUGAGUCACUGAGAAAAUGAAUAACAUCAGUGGCAGAAGCUGUGAUGAUUAUAAUGGUACGGCACACACUUCUGAUCUUUGUGUGCAAUCUCUCAUAUCAUUGAAACCGAAAACUACAAAUAAGGAAGAGGAUUUGUGUGGAGGCAUCAUCUGUGUCAUGGUGAUACUGUGGACAGAGGAGACAGUGCUGGCCCUGAGCUGUAGGAGCAGGAUUUCCCACUGUUGUGUUUACUAUUUGGACAAUGUGAUCCUAUUUGUUCUGUACAAAAAUUCCAUGGCACUGCAUGGGGACAGCUGUGGAAACAAUGGAUAUUUGACGUCGCUGUAAAAAUAUGAAAUCCAACCUGAUUUUUCCAACAGUCUGUGCUAAUCAGACUCUUCCAGUUGAGUCUGGUUUGAAAAUAUUAUGCAGGAAAGUGUGCACUGACUGGAUUCCGUGCAUCGAUUCACUAACUGCUGAAGAGAAAUGUAAAAUUAUAAAUACCAACGGGCACCAGAGUGAGCUCAUAUAAAGUUGUGUGUUAAUGAAACGGCCGUAUUUUGGUGCAUAAUUGUCUUAAAAGCUGUCUGCUCUGAUGAGCCGUGUUUUUAAACAGUAUUUGUGAAUAUUUAUAAGUUUAUUCCCUUUUUUAUGCUGCUGUAUUAUGUGAUGAAUUUGGACAUUUUUCCGCCUUGGAGAAUAAUUUAGAGGACAAGUGUUUAAACAGCAUCAUAAUGGGGCUACGUAUAAAAAAAACAUGUUAAUAUACACUGUCCAGGUAAA